GCUGAACAUUGUUCUUUGUGAGUUUUGAAAGCCUUCCUCUUGAUUUCAACUCUGAACUCACUUGGCUUUGGAAGAAGAUAUUGCUUGUCUUGGUAGUUUGGGGAAGAACCUGAGGUGAGAGUCAUGACAGGUGGGACCAGCAGGACUUGAAGAUGCCAGGGCCCUGAAGGCUUGAGGAUCAGGCUAGUUUGUAGUAGUAAAUGCGGUGAUAAAAACCCACACAUAGAUCCAUCAAGUUAGAACUGAAAAAGCAGAUAUGAACACAUCUUUCUGGAUGCUACAGAACACUAACAAACCAGAUUUACUCUGUGGAAGGUCAGAGGACUAUAGCAUGGCCACUGGGCACUUCCCACUGCUCAUCUGUUCCACGGUUGUUUUGGGAGGAUUUCUGAAGUUUUAUUUAAGGAAUCACGAAGUCAUUGUCUUGACAAUUCUUUCUCUGUUGGGAUUUGUGAUAGGACAGGUGGCCUUCCAUACGCUUGAGGUGCACAAACUAGUGUACCCUCUACUAAGAACCUCAAGUUUUUCACUUUUUUGCUACUUUUCACCUUUAAUUUUAUUUAUGGCUGCUUUGGAUGUGGACUUUAAUUUACUCAAGAAUGUGUUUUGGCAGGUCUUGUUAAUGGGAUUUAUCAGCUUUGUUACAGCACUCAUCAUUACUGGAUUUGUGGUUCUGAAAUUUAACAAAUAUUCUUGGAAUCUGCAGUAUUCCCUGCUCUUUAGCUUGACCCUGGUCGUCAUAGAUCCCAUUAAUUCUGUGAAUUUCAUGAAAAAUAUAGGUAUUUCCAAAAUGCAUACUGAUAUCAUCAGAGGAGAAUCAAUGAUCAUCUUUAGCUUCACAUCCAUUUUUUUUGGAAAUUUCCGGAGCAAUCUAACUAGUUUUUUCAUGAUUAAGGAGUUGCACAUUAUCGUGGCUCUCUGUUUGAGCGCUUUGGGAAGCACCUUUUGUGGAUAUUGGUGUGCAAAAUUCAUUCAGUUCAUAAUGAGUGAUCUUUUCAGCAACACACUGACUGCUGUGGUUCUCUGUUUCUCAAUGGUAUACCUGAUUUUCUACACUGUGGAAUUUUUCGGAAUGUCAGGAGUGGUUGCUGUUGUCACCGUCGGACUGCAAUUAGAUUCCUUAAGCUUUAAACCGAGGAUUGAAUUAAUAAUUACUCAGUUCCUAGUAAUAUUUUCAUCAGUAUACCAACAUUUAAUAUAUACUUUUUUUGGCAUAAUAAUUGGAUGUGGAGAAACUAAUUACUUAGGAUUCCACUCUGUUAUUUUCAUUUUCAUCUUGUUUGCAACACUGAAUGUAGUAAGAUUGGUGACAAUCAUUUUGGUAAGCCCUAUUCUGAUACAUUCCAGUAAUGAAUUUAACUGGAGGUGGGGAGUUGUAAUGGCCUGGUCUGGAAUUAAAGGAAGUCUCAACUUACUCUUGGCUCCUGAUAUAUAUAAUGUGGCAGAAGAAAAAAUAAAGUCACCAGAAAUGUUUAUAGUGUAUAUACAAGUGAUAUCAUUAAUCACGAUGGGAGUGAAUUCAUACAUGAUGGCUCAGUCAGCCAAGAAAUUAGGUUUGUGUGCUAUUUCCCUUCCAAGACAAAUGGUCAUGCAAAAUACCAUUAAACACAUACAGGAGAUAAUACAGAAUACGAUCACCUUAAAUAAAACAGAGAAAAUUUUGACAAAUGUUAACUGGAGCAUAGUAGAAGAAAAAACAAAGAUGGAGUACAUUGUUCCAUUAGAUACUGCUCAGUUAUCUGAAGUUUCCCAUGAUAAAGAGGAGGAGGAGGAGGAAUCUCCAACAGAACAUAUUUUCCUAGAAGAAGCUAGAGUGCAUGUAGCUAUGAUACAAAUGAGUAGCUUUGAAAAACAGUAUAACGAUGGAAUCCUCAGUGUCGAGGCAGCACGGAUAUUAAUUGGGGCUAUCAAAAGCUAUUGCCCUAUUAAAGGAAAAUUCAUGAGUAUUUAUGAUGUUUCAACUUACAUAAGAGCUAGAAGUUGGCUUGUGAAGUUUAAAAACAUUUUAGCUUUCCUAGCCUAUCGCAGAGAUAAAAUGCCUCAAUGCUUAUAUGAGAAUAAUAAAAUUCUAAAUAUUAUAUAUCAAAUAGUUUAUUCAGAUGAAUUUGAAUAUGUAGGACAUAUUGUAGCAUUAUUGUACCUAUAUCCUUGGAUAGUGCAUCUAUGGCCAAUGGCAAGAGAGCUCAAUGUGUCAGCACUAAUAUCAACGAACGACUAUUUUGUUUUUUUAUAUUCAUUGCAAACAACUUUAAAGAUAAUAAUUUUUAAGAGAAGAUAUUUUCAUCAAUAUUGGAACAUUUUGGAAUUUAGUAUCACACUUUUGUCAAUCAGUGAUGCAAUCUGUUUAUAUUUCAUCAAAAUGAGACCAGACAACAUUACUUUAAUUCAGAGUGUAGUGAUAAUAGGGUAUUUCAGAGUGAUGAGGUUCCUCCCUCUCAUCAAGAUCGCAAUACCACUGAUGAAAAGUACUGUGGAAGUGCAAAUCAAAAAGCGUCUCAGCCUGAUGUACAGUAUCACAAAAGGUUAUGUCAAAAGCCAAGAUGAUGCCAAGAUUGUGAUAAAGCAGAUCUCUAGUGUAGAAUCAGUAAAUCAGAAAAUAUAUGACAUCCUGGAAACCAAUAAGCGAGACGCAAUCAAGCAACUAGGACUCAUAGAGCAUGAGUGUCGUGACGUGGUCAUAGCUUUGAAGACCAGGCAGGCGAUCCAGAACGUGAUCACUAAAGCUCUGAACAAUCUCACUUUCCUUUGGUCCAGAGGCAUCAUUGACAAGCAUGACGGUGUCCAGAUGAACAAGGUCCUUCUUUCAAAAAUAAAAACACUGAAUCAAUUCCCCAUGACAAUCCCACCCCCUACUCCUGAAAAAUAUCUUCACAACAUUGUCUGGCUUGAAAAUAAAGAUGUUCUUAUUGAGUUCUUCAAGGAGAGAGCCAGGCUUGCGUAUUUUGACUAUGGAGACACCAUUUGUACAGAAGGUGAAAUGCCACAAGGAAUCUACCUGAUUAUCUCAGGAAUGGCCAUUUUGCAUGGUUCACCUCCUUCCUUUGGGAUAGACAGUACUCUAAAGUCCUCCAGAGAGUCUCAAACCAUGUUUACAGAGUACUGUACCAGUGGGGACAUAAUUGGAGAGCUGAGCUGUCUGCUUAAGCAUGGAAGUGAAUAUACUGCCAUCUGUGAGACGACUUUACAGGCCUGUUUUAUCUCUCUGGAGGAUUUGUACGAGGGCUUUGAUGUCUUCUGGCCAUCUCUGGAAUAUAAAAUAUGGCUAAAGCUUGCUCUUGGUAUUGCCAACCAGUAUUUUGAAUCAAGUCUUGCAGAUGAGGACUUGACCUUCCAAAAGUGUGUGAUGUUAAAUCAGGCCUAUGUGGAGACACUGUCCAGCUACAAUGAGAUGACUAUUACCACCACCAUGAAGUGUGUCAUCAUCGUGCAUGGCAGCGUUAUUGACACGAAGACGGAGAUGCCUUACCUUGCACCUUGCAUCUUAUCUAAAACCUGUGAGCAGAUCCAGUUAACAAAGGUUUUCAAAUGACCAAGAAUACAACUGGAGAAGAUGAGCUGAAAACUGGACCUUGUUCUAAAAUUUUUAAUGUCACCAUUGUAACAUAUGAACUGCUCUGUGAUAUAUGACAUGGGAUGUUAUCCUAUCUGUUAUGCCAGAGUGCUGAAAGAUCUGCCAUCUUACAUGUUGCUGAAUCGAUUUACUGCUGCUUUUCAAGCGACUGGUACACUGCUGCAAGGCUCUAAUGCAUUACAGUCAAGAUGUUUAAAAAAUUCUUCAAGAUAACAAUUUCCAGAAUAAAUUUACUUCCCCUUCCAAAUUUAGCAAAUAUUGGGGGAGAGGUGGGGAAAUGGGCCUAUGUUCCACAAUCUCAGUUACUCAAAAGUCCAGGUGACAUGAAUAAUCAUAUUACAUAAAACUACUCUGCAUCAGCUGUCACUGCAUUUAGAAAA